CAAAAUUCAAAAUGUCAAGGUCAAAGCUGUCACAUGAAAAUAUUCAAAACAUUCAGAAAUUGCGAAUAAUAUGUAAAUAAAAAACUCAUACAGUUUCAAACUGGCGAUUAACAAUAAGCAUAAUCAUGAGAACCGCAAGUAUUUCUUUGAUAAGCGCACUGUUAACAACAAUAGUUGUGGCAAAUGCGUAUUUGCAAAAGAAACAAUUCUACCCAUCCGUCGUCUAUAUUACUAAAUCGAACCCAAGUAUGGCUGUUAUCUAUAUUCAAGCGUUCGUAGGCGUUUGGAUGACUGGUAAGAUUAUGACAAAACUCUUCUUCGGUCAGCUAAGACCCGCGGAACUGGAGCACUUGAUGGAACGAUCUUGGUAUGCAGUAACAGAAACCUGUCUGGCCUUUACUGUUUUCCGAGACGAUUUCAACCCAAAGUUUGUGACUCUGUUCACACUGUUGUUAUUCUUGAAAGCAUUCCAUUGGCUAGUCGAAGACAGAGUGGAUUAUAUGGAGCGGAGCCCGAUAAUCAGCUUGCUGUUCCACGCUCGCUUGCUAACCCUUCUCACCCUCCUCGGCUUUUUGGACAUAUACUUCAGCAGUCGCGCCUACCAAGUCACCGUGACGAAAGGCGCCUCCGUGCAGCUGGUAUUCGGCUUCGAAUACGCCAUCCUCCUGACCAUUCUGGUCAACACUACGAUAAAGUACAUCCUGCACUACGUCGAUCUGAACAGCGAAUCGCCCUGGGACAACAAGGCCGUCUUCCUGCUGCACACUGAGCUGGUGAUAGGCUUAGUUAAGGUGAUGCUAUAUGGGGCGUUCAUGACGAUCAUGGUGAGGAUUUAUUCGCUGCCCCUUUUCGCGCUCAGACCCAUGUACUAUGCCAUAAGGGAUUUCAAGAAGGCGUUUAGCGAUGUCGUUCUGUCUAGGAGGGCCAUACACAAUAUGAACAACCUGUAUCCGGAUGCUACUGGGGAGGAGCUGCAGUCCGUCGACAACGUCUGCAUAAUCUGCCGCGAGGAGAUGACCUCGGCCUCGAAGAAGCUGCCAUGUAACCACAUCUUCCACACGACCUGUUUGCGCUCGUGGUUCCAGAGGCAGCAGACCUGUCCGACCUGCCGGCUAAACAUCCUCCAAACGCCCUCCAACCCCACACGCAGGCAACCACCCGCCGCGCCUCCCCACGCCGCCCCCGGGAACCACAUGUUCUUGGGCCACAACAUUUACCAGAUGUUCAACCAGCCGGAAGCUGAAAACUUCCAGCGACAGCAGCAGGAGAGGCCUACCGAGCAGCAGCGACAACAGACUCCUCUUCCUCCUCAGUUUAUGAUGCCGCCGUUUCCGUUUUUGCCGUUCCUGCCGCCCCCGCCUAUGCCCGCGCCGAAUUUUGCCGAACUUUCGGUCGAAGAACUGCGAGCUAUGGAGGGGAGCGAGAAGGAGAACGUCGAGGCGAGGAUCCAGUGUCUGAGGAAUAUUCAGAUUCUCCUCGACACUGCUGUAACAAUGAUGCAGCAAUACAGUGCAGCCGCUUCCCACUACUCGCAAAUACCAACCGCUGCUACGUCCAGCCCCUCAAACCCAUUCCAGGCUAGUUUUCCUUCCGCCUCAGGGUUCAACAACUCAACGCCAAAAGUGGCCAAAGUGGCUCCAACCACCAGUUCCCCGCAAGUCAGCACGACACAUGACUGGGUCGAAAGUACUUCUGAUGGUGCCGGCCCUUCGAAAGAAAACGUGGAAGAGAUUGGGGGUGUACAAGCUGAAGAAGAAGCGAAAAAGCUGCAGGAAUGCGAAGCAGUGGGCCUCUGUCCAAAGGAAGAAUAGUUGAGUGUGGGGGUUUUUUAAUUUUGUGGGAGGUGUUUGAAACUGGAUUCUUGAGAGGAAUGGUGGGCGUGUUGGAGCAAAUCUCUUUUUUUUCAGGAUAGAAAGCAGGAAACUAAUAUAUUAACUACCAUAUCAACUGUAAGGCGACUUAUAUCUUCAUAGUGAGGUUCGUGGUUGGCACAAAUAAAAUCGAGGUAAAAAA